GUCCAUUUUCCGUACGUGCGGGCGGGGGGGGUGUGAGUUGACAUCCAUCGUCACCCCUGGCUCGUUUGGGUUCUUUUUGCACGCAGGUCGUCCAGAGGGCUCCAUUCUACCAUAGCUGCUUCUCUCACUAGCACUUACUCGACUCUCGUUUUCGACGAUCCUUUCCUAGCAAACAUCUCCUUGCUCCUUGAACUGGCACGCUUACUUGGAUGGUCGUAAUGUAUAGAGUAUAUUGAAAAAUAGAAGGUCGGGCUCUGGACCCGGAAUCGUCGCUGGCAGUCGGGCGUGUGGGGUCCAUCAGCAACGGACCACGCUCCCAGCUGCAAAGACGCCAUGAGUAAUACGACAAAUAAGAGCCCUGCGCCAUCGGCGCCUCCACCCCCUCGUCGGUGGCUAGGCAUUCCAGCAACAUAUUGGCAGGCAGUCCUCCUUAUAGCGCUUUCAGCAUGUGCUACGGUUGUAGUUCUCUUCAUGUGGAUGCGAUCUUCUUCGGGAACAGCUGUAGUGUUGCUGGUGCGUCCGCUGAGCUCCGCGGCUGCCACAUCCGUAUAUAAGACGUGCGCUAGCAGCGGGAGCGGAGUCGGGAAUCGCUACCUCGUAACCGGUGCAGCCGGCUUCAUUGGGUUUCAUGCUGCACAGGAACUUAAAGUUCGCGGCGACGUCGUAGUAGGACUGGACAACUUCAACGACUACUACCCCGUCUCCCUCAAGCGCGCUCGCGCGGAGGUCCUCAGCAAAAAGGGCGUCCCAGUGGUUGAGCUCGACCUGAACGACCAGGAGGGCCUGGCGGAGCUCUUCCGGCUGUGCUCCUUUACGCACGUGCUGCACCUGGCCGCACAGGCGGGUGUGCGCUACGCCGCACGCAACCCCUUCGCCUACGUGCAGUCCAACAUCGCGGCCAGCGUGACGCUGAUGGAGACCAUGCGGCUGCACAAGCCCAUGCCGGUGCUGGUGUACGCCUCCUCCAGCUCCGUGUACGGGCUGUCCAAGCGCUUCCCCUUCACGGAGGACGACCGGGCGGACCAGCCGGCCAGCUUGUACGCAGCGACGAAGCGCAGCCUGGAGAUGUUGGCGCACUCGUACUUUAACAUCUACAAGAUGUCUGUAACAGGCCUGCGGUUCUUCACGGUGUACGGCCCCUGGGGUCGCCCCGACAUGAGCGUCAUGUCCUUCUCGCGCAACAUCGUGGACGGCAAGCCCAUCCGCGUGUUCCAGGGCCCUAACCGCACGGAGCUGGCCCGCGACUUCACGUUCGUGGGCGACAUCGUGAGCGGCAUUGUGGGCUCCCUGGACACCUCGCCGCCCUCCGCGGACCCCGAGACCCCGCCCGCCUACCGCAUCUACAACCUGGGUAACACGCGCGUGCACACCGUCACGGAGCUGGUGACCAGUCUGGAGGAGCUGCUGCGGGUGAAGGCGCAGGUCAAGUACCAGCCGCUGGGGCCCACGGGGGACGUGCUGCGGACCAACGCCAACAUCACGCACGCGCACGAGGACCUGGGCUACACGCCCAAGACCAACCUGCGGGAGGGGCUACAGGAGUUUGUGAGCUGGUUCUUUGAGUAUUAUGGUCCGGAUGGGAAGAACCGGCCGGCGGAUGAGAUUGGCUAUGUGCCGGACUGAGGAGGCUGCAGAGGAAGAGGGGUGUGGUGUGCCUGCACAUGUGCGUAGGCAGCGCAUCACACUGACCCACAUCGGUGAGUAGCGGUGGCAGCGCCCAGGUAAGGAUCUCGUAUGGUUGGCGGGGUUAGGGUAUAGGAAGGCUCCGAAACCUUGGAAGCGAUGGGGAUGGGGUGUCGUGGGUAGGGUUGUGGCGAGGAAGGUGGUGCUAUGGUUAUUGGCGUGCGGGUGUGGUAAGUUAUUGAUCUGCGUGUAUUCGCGUGUGUGUGUUAGGGUGCUGACGGGCAUUCAGGGUAUGGUGAGGCAGAAACAUGUCUCCUACGUUGGAUUGAACUUGCUGGUGUGGUACCAUUUGCUGGUCGGUGGAUGGUGGUGGGUGGGAGCUUGGGCUGUUGGUGCCGAAUCGGCGUACAGGACAGGAGUGACUGUCCUCGGCCGGCCCAUCCUGCCCGAGACUAGGAAGAGGGUUGUAUUAGGACUGUUGAUAUGGCGAGGGCACAGCCUCACAGUCCUCAGUACUUGGUCUUGAUUUUAGUAUAAUCUGCUUACGUGGAAAGUGGGUUGUAGUUAGGUAUGUUCAGCAUAUGGACCAGAAAUUCACGCCUGCGCUCUGUAUUCAUGUCUCCUCAGUUGCUUCAUUCGGUUUCUCGUGCCUUCGGCUUGACGAGUGGCUAUAUGCACCCCGGUAUUGAGGAGCCAAUGGCCCGGGUUUAUCCCCUUCCUCUUCAUUAUUGCUGUGGCCGCACCUGCCGUAGGAUGUAUGGGUGUGACCUAUGAAUGCUGUGCCUACACCUGAGGUGGUUGUUUUGGAGCAUAUGAGCGGAUGACCUGAGCUCUUUAGCCCUUCAUUGUGUAGAGGUGUAAGCUACAUGGACAGUAGACAGGGUUCAUGGCGCAUCGUGUUGCCCAGCAGUCCUCUACAGCUAGCUCGUGCAGCAGCGGAUGUGCCGGGAACUGUACACGAUUGCAGAAUGCGGUGGACUAGGAGAGGGCUGUUUUGAGAACUGUGGUGUGAAGGUUGCUUGUGAUACUUCUUUAAGGAGGACUCGGUGGCCGUAUCCGGUCAAGUCGCAUUAAGGGGUUUAUAUGGACGGCCAGUGUCUGGGGUGUCCAUGUCACCUGUCCGCCCAUGGACAGAGGGUCUGCUUUGCAUGCAACUACCGGUACGCACCAUAGCUGUGGUGCAGUACACAGAGAGCCUCGACCACCCGUCUUGAACUAGCGCACCUUCCAAUCGCAAAACGGUUUGAGCACCGGUAUAAUGGUAAAAUCAUCACGUUCGUGCGCAGGUCCUACUUAAAGCCGGGAAAAUCUGCCGUAUAGCUUUCGUGGUCCUCCUGAAUCCAAGCCGCCCGACAGUUAGCAGGAUGCGCCAUGGCAUGCAUACAAUUCCUAGGAUUGAACAUCGACCAUAAUUGGGCAUCGGUAGUAGGCUUUAAGUAAGCAAGGGCAAUUGUUCGACGGCGCGACGCAAGCGCGUUUCUUGUGCAUCCCCCACACCACCUAAUCCUGUGGCACUAGAGUUUCCUAGAAAUGCAAAUCCUUUCACGAGGUCUAGCUCCGCUGCCUACUGGCCCCAGGAGGCGACAAGUCCAUUGCCUAGCCGCGACGACACAGACACCCGUGCCAAUUUCUGAUAAGCAGUCCCCGCAACCGGCUGCUAGGAAGGUUUCCCUGGUAUCCCUUGGCUGCCCGAAGAACGUCGUCGACGGCGAGGUGUUGUUGGGUGACCUCACCCGCGCCGGCUUCUCCAUCACCGAGGACCAUGAGGAGGCGGACGCCAUCAUCGUCAACACCUGCGCCUUUGUGGAGGACGCCAAGAGCGAAUCCCUGGAGGCCAUCGUAGAGGCUGCUUCCCUCAAUGAGGACGGCCGCAAACGCAAGCUGGUGGUCACUGGCUGCCUGGCGCAGAGGUACUCUCAACAGCUCGCCGCCGACCUGCCCGAGGCGGACCUGGUGGUUGGCUUCCAGAGCUACGGCAACCUGGCGGCCUCGCUGCAGCGCUCGCUGGGGCUGGAGCCCUCGCGCGAGGCGCUGCAGAUCGCGCAGGAGGCGGCAGCGGCGGCGGCGGCAGCAGCUGGGGAGUCAGCAGCCGGGGCGCCAGGGGCUGACGGGCACCAGCAGGACCCCCAGCAGCAGCAACAAGGGGGGCAAGAGCAGCAGGAGGGGUUGCGGGUGAGGGCAGCGGCGGGAGGGGAGGUGGAGGAGGCGAGCACCUCAGCGCGCGUGCAGGUGGGCGCUGCCACGGUUCCCUUCCGCCCCGAGUGGCGGCGGCACCGCCUGACGCCGCCCCACACCGCCUACCUGCGGGUGGCGGAGGGGUGCAACCACGCAUGCACCUUCUGCGCCAUCCCGGGCUUCAGGGGCAAGUUCCGCUCCAAGCCCUGGGGUGCGCUGCUGGCUGAGGCGGCGCAUCUGGUGGCGGGCGGCGUGAAGGAGCUGUGCCUGAUCGCGGAGGACACCAACCAGUACGGCAUGGACAGACGUGACGGUCGGGACCUGGCCCAGCUACUGCGCGAGCUGUCCCGGCUGGAGGGGCUGGCGUGGAUCCGCAUCCUGUACGCCUACCCCUCCUACUUCAAUGACGCGCUCAUUGACGAGAUCGCAAACAACCCCAAGGUGUGCAAGUACCUGGACAUGCCGCUGCAGCACAUCUCCAACCUCACGCUGCUGGCCAUGAACCGCCCGCCGGCGCAGCACACCCGCGGACUGCUGGCCCGCCUGCGCAGCCGCAUCCCGCGCCUGGCGCUGCGCACCACCUUCAUCAGCGGCUUCCCCGGGGAGAGCGAGGAGGCGCACCGGGAGCUGGUGGGCUUCGUGAAGGAGUUCAAGUUUGAGCGCAUGGGUUGCUUUGCGUUCAGCCCCGAGGACGGCACCCCUGCUGCCUCCCUGCCGCAGCAGCUGCCACAGCGGUUGCGGGAGCGGCGGCGGGACGAGCUGAUCAGCCUGCAGCAGCGUAUUGGAGAGGAGUGGGCGGAGGGGCGCGUGGGGGAGGAGAUGGAGGUGCUCGUGGAGGGGUACAACGACGACGGUUGGCUGAUUGGUCGUACACAGUACGACGCACCUGACGUGGAUCCGCUGGUGUUCCUUACAGAAUCCGAUGACCCUGCCGUACCCCGGCUAGAGGCGGGUCAGAUCCGGCGCUGCGUGGUGACCUCAAACUCGCUGUUUGACCUCGAGGCAACUCCCGUGGCUUAGUACGCGACGCGACAUGGCACAUGACACAUGACUACAUGGCAUCUGACUGCUUGGCGGUUUGGCCUUGACCGAAUGUGAUCAUGUUUAAUUGGCAGCGACGUCAGAUGCAUUGGGUGCAAUGAUGGGUAACUUGACUCAUUUGGUGGAUAGAUGAGAUACCGCAACACCGUCCUUUUGGCGGGAAUACCGGUUAUGAGGACGGUCGCUUCAUGUACUUGGCUGUCUGCCUCUCACAGCUGGGGAUGUGGGGGAGAUACUAACCGACAGUAAACGGACAUGCAGGGGAAGUGUAUGCGGUCCGUUACCCGGGCGUCUGGACAGCAUCCCGAUGCAACCGUACCCAUGUACCCAUUGAGGCACGACUGUUGUUGCUUAGCUAUUAGCUUCGCAGGCCUACGCAUUAGAGCGGACGCGAUGAUAAGCUUCGAGUCUGUUGUGCGUUCGUUUAAUUAGCUUUGGAUUUUGGAGAAAACCCUCCGAAAGUCUGCAGCCUACGGAUUGUUAACA